AUGUGAGGAGGUCCCAAAAAGUGGUUGUGGGGAGGGGCCCAUAAGAAAUGCCUUUUCAGAGGGGCCAGAAUUUAGUGCUACGCCCCUAUAAGCAGCUGUAGGACACCUAGUAUGAGAGCAGAUCCUUUCAGACAGCCUGAAGAGGAUCAUCCCUUCUUCACUUCUACACAGGACAUCAUGAAGACUCUGAGCUUCACCGUGGGACUCACGCUGCUGCUCCUCACGGUUCACCCCUGCUCUGCCAUGCCUGUUGCGAUGGAUGCACCUGUGUCGUGCUGCUUUCAAUUCUUCACAGGAAGGGUGCCGCAGCAGCACAUCAUCUCCAUCAUCAAGACUCACAGCAGCUGUCACAGAAAGGCAUUUGUGAUCAGUGCUGCCAACGGGAGGGAAAUCUGCGUGAGCCAGAAUCUGCCCUGGGCAGAGAAAGCUUUCGACCAGCAAACCCUCUAGGACUGAUCCUACUCAAGUCCUCAUGAUCAAACAUCUUUAACUGCUCAACCUCCAGUCAUGACAGAGCUCCGCUGAUCUUUUUAGGAUAAUGAAAACAUAUUUUUCCAUGAAGCUUUGCACUGUGAACUUUCAUGCAGCUAUUUUAAAUUCACAAAUUAAAAGUAUUUCUGCAGCACGUUUAAUACUCCGAGCUUUUUCUUUGGAUUCAAUGGUCCAAUCUUUCAAUAUGAACCACAACAUGUCUGCCUAAGCACAGAAAAUGUGAUGAAUAAAUGAAUUCAUAAACCACA